AUGGCCUCCUCAACACACGCGGCAUUCGGGAUCCGCGAAAUCCUCGAGAUGAUUCUCCUCAACCUGGACAUGCGCACACUCCUGUGCAUUCAACGAACAUGCCGCUCCUGGCUGGGUAUGAUCCAAGACUCGUCGCCUAUACAAAAAGCUUUGUAUUUUAUACCUAUAGAAAAUACACCCGGUCAGGGUAAAGUCCAGAAUCCCGUACUGGUCGAAGCAUUCCCAGCCCUAUUCAAACUCAUCGACCCCGAUGACCCGGAAGACGACUAUGAGUACGAUCAACCCACUCUCACCACUUUUGACAUGAUGAGAAGCUCCUCAAAGCUCGUCGCGUAUCUACGACCAGAAGCAAGCUGGCGACGGAUGCUGGUCCAACAGCCCCCAGUACGCAAAUUUGAGGUCUACAUCUGUUCGACUAGCGGGUAUAGUUUCGCACAUACGUCCUUUGAGGUUCCUGUAGGUAGAUCCUGGAGAAGAGGCGUCUCCUGUGAGAUCAUAGGCUCAGGCACUAAUCUAUGGGCACAGGAUAACCCAAGAGGAUUUACAGAUGGCCUGCGCAUGGGGGAUUUUUUUGAGGUGCUGGUGUUCGAUGACGAUGUCCCCUUUGCGACAUGUCGCCUGAAGCACAUAAUAUGGUGGAAACAAAUCCCACAGCAAGGGCUAUCAGUAUGGAAUGAGAUGGAACAUCUGACGGGAAAGACAGUCGACUCUGAUAUCGUUGUCUUCCUCCGUUCUCAUAUAACUCAGCGUUAUGAUUCUGAUGAUGAUGAGAUACCAGAGGAUAUAAAGGCAAUGGAUCGUAUUAAAGCUGUGUACAGGGAGCUAGGGAUCCAGCCUAGGCGUCUGGGGAAAACCGAAGAAUGGAGUCAUUCCGACUGGUGGGAGUAG